AAUAAUAUGAGACGUCAAUAUAGAAAGUUGAUCAGGAUCUAGGAGUCGAUCUUUGUUCUGACCUUCACACCUCAUCUUUCUCGUCAGCCCACGAGUUAUGUCGGACGGUAGCUCAGGGGGAAUGGCGUCCAAGAUCAGGAAGCUGUUCAAACAGUCUCACAGCUCCGCCGAGGGUUCCGAUGGAGGCAGGGAGGAGGAGGAGCCUACGCGCAGCGCUCGCUUCGCGGACAUGGAGCCGACUUCGCCGUCCGGCUCGGGAAAGAAGAAAGGAAAGAAAGAGGUGCGGGUGCAGGAGCCGCCAAGCGAGGACGGCGAGCAACAAAAGGCCAAGGCUACCAGCGCCAAGAAGAGUACAGCGGAGAAGAAAGGCCCGCCUCCCGACGUGAAAAAGAAGAUCAGCAAAUGUAAGGACGAGAAGUCCCCCAUUCUGGAUCUCAGCAAGUCUGAGCUCGCUCAACUCCCGGCCAGCAUAAAGGAAGUGUCCCAGGUAGAAGAACUCUACGUCUAUGGCAACCGUAUCAACAGUCUUCCUCAUGAGAUUGCUCACCUCAAGAAGCUGAAGAAGCUGGCACUCAACGAGAACUUGUUAUCUGACCUUCCCGACGAGUUGCGGAGUUUGACAUCUCUCACGGUGCUGGAUCUGCGACACAACAAACUGAGACAGAUCCCUCCGGUCGUGUACGAGCUCUCCAGUCUCCAGACGCUCUACCUCAGGUUUAACAAGAUCAACACUGUGAUGCCCAACAUCGCAAACUUGAAGGUCGGUGUGUGUGUGUGUGUGAGAGAGAGAGAAAUGGAGAAUAGGGAGAGAGAGAGAGAGAGAGAGAUUUAAAGGAGGAGUGAUAAACUCAGUUGGGCGGUCUUUUGUCCGCACUCGUGUGAGCAUUAAGAAAUGCAAAGCCAACGGUUUUUUUUUCCUUUUAUUAAGUUCUUUCCUGAAUCUGAGUAUACAUAACCCUGCCAAAAGACAUCCAAACUGGUCAUCAGGAGAGUUCCUCAUUGUUCAUCAUGCACUGCGUGUUUCGGCCUCUUUAUACUCCCGACACACAGUACACUCCCAAAUGAGGCGAGGCCACUCCACCCUUUGGAGUCCAGUAUGUCCUUUGGGUACUUAGAGUUUAAUCUUGUCUCUUCAUACAUGAUCUACACACAAACAGGUAUAUACAUACCUUGCAGACUCUAAAAGUAAUGUAAACUACUAGCUAAUGCUCAUUAAUUACUUAACAUU